ACAAACGCUCAAACAACAACUGGGUUUAUUAUCGAAGUGUCAAGUUCCCAGGCACUAUUGUCAGCAUCACCAAUAUUACAUUACUCUCUCUCUAGAACCACACUUUCUCUCUCUAGAACCACCACCACCACCAUCACCAUCUUAUUCUUCUUCACUCUCUGUUCCUAACGAACCCACAUUGACAGCUGCAACUGUCUGCCGCUAGUCAACCAAAACCCUCGUGAAGUUGAUGUAAAAGAUCUCAGAUUUAAUGAAGAAAACGGGUCACUUGCUACUUUGCCUCUAAUUCAGAAUCGGAUCAUGACCCGAGUUGUUCGUGAUCGGAUACUUAAAGAUGCUAAUGGCGAUAUUAGUGAUCAUUUGCGGAAUCAUAUCCAUUUGACCAAUUGUAUUCACUUGAAAAACCAUAUGCACAAAAGCCCGAUAACCACCGAUAGGUCGCUUAUUCGAGACCUUGUUGUUCUUCAACGGUCAAGAUCUUUACGGGAUCCUUCCAUGAGCCCGCCCCCGUUUCAGUCCCCUUCUGGCGGUGGCGGUGGAGAUGGUGGUGGAAGGCGGUCAGUUGGUUUAUCCGGCAACUCCUCGUCUAAUGUGGGUACGGGUGAUGCGGUUCAUAGAAGAAUCAAGAAAGAAGAAUCGAGUAGGCGGAGUUUUAACGACGAUUCUCCGUUAGACGCUGCGAAUUUGGCUCGCGAUAUUUACCCCGGGAGUUCGGAUAGUAAAGGUAAACAAAAAGCGCGAAAAAGUAUCAAGAACAACAAGCAAGAUGAUCAUGUGAAAACUCUUUUACAACAAUUGAACGAUGUCCCGAUCGAUAGUGAUAAUGUGGCUUCGUCACACAAUCGUUUUCACGGUGGUGUUGACGUUGAAUCAAGCCUGCAUAGCCACGGUGUUAAUCGGGUCAAAAGGCGGAAGUUUAAAGGCGGAAGACGGGCUUCUCGGGCACCGAAAAACGAGGUGUCAAUGGCUUCUAAUUUUGUACCACACGUUGACUAUAAUGGUCAACAAAAUGUUUCCGGGGGUCCGAAAAAUGGUUGCGGGAUUCCGUUUAAUUGGUCGAGAAUUCACGAUCGGGGGAAAUCGUUUCUGGAUAUAGCAGGAAAGAGUCUCUCGUGCGGUUUAUCAGACUCAAGGUCAAAGCGAGGUGGUCAACGGGACUCGGGUCAAGGUCAAAUACCCGUUUUGUCUGACGACUCUGCAUCAUUUACAAACGGUGAAUCGCUGCCUUUGUUAUUGGACGGUUCUCAAGAAAGUCGCGAAAAUCCCGCCGCAUGGGUGCAUGAUUAUUCUGGUGAAUUGGGAAUUUACGCAGAUAAUUUAUUAAACAGUGGAACCGAUUCGGAUCUUGCUUCCGAAGCGCGAUCGGGUCACCAAAAACGCUCUAGCGACAAUACUCGCCACCAAAAUCUCACGCAAAAAUACGCGCCACGAACGUUUCGGGACCUCGUUGGACAGAAUCUGGCAGUACAAGCUCUCUCAAACGCAAUUGCGAAAAAGAAAGUCGGGCUGCUUUACGUCUUUUACGGGCCCCACGGCACCGGAAAGACAUCGUGUGCACGCAUAUUCGCUCGAGCGUUAACUUGUCAAUCUUUGGAUCACCCGAAACCAUGCGGGUAUUGCAACUCUUGUGUCGCACACGACAUGGGUAAAAACCGAAGCGUUCGUGAAGUGGGUCCCGUUCACAAUCUCGGAUACAAAAGAAUCAUGGAACUUAUGGAGAACAUGAUCCUUUCUCACAUGCCCUCACAAUAUCGCGUUUUCAUAAUCGAUGAUUGUGACUCUUUGCCUCCUAAUUGUUGGAGUGCGAUAUCGAAGGUUAUCGAUCGAGCUCCAAGGCGUAUGGUUUUUCUGUUAGUCAACUCGAGUCUCGAUGUUUUGCCGCAUAUAAUAAUAUCCAGGUGUCAAAAGUUUUUCUUUCCUAAGUUGAAAGAUGCAGAUAUUAUUUAUACGUUACAAUGGAUUGCAACGAAAGAAGAUUUUGAAAUUGAUAAAGAUGCGUUGAAGCUUAUUGCUUCGAGAUCCGACGGAUCGUUGCGGGAUGCGGAAAUGACGCUUGAGCAGUUGAGUUUACUCGGGCAACGUAUAUCGGUCUCUCUUGUUCAAGAACUGGUUGGACUUAUAUCUGAUGACAAAUUAGUCGACCUACUCGAUUUAGCAUUAUCAGCCGAUACAGUGAAUACCGUAAAACAUUUAAGAGAAAUCAUGGAAUCGGGCAUCGAGCCAUUAGCUUUAAUGUCACAACUUGCAACCGUAAUAACCGAUAUUCUCGCGGGCAGUUACAAUUUCAUGAAAGAAAGGUCAAAACGGAAGUUCUUUAGACAACAAGCUCUAUCUAAAGAAGAUAUGGAGAGGCUGCGGUUAGCAUUGAAGACGUUAUCCGAAGCGGAAAAACAGCUCAGAACGUCGAACGAUAAGUUGACUUGGUUGACCGCUGCUUUGUUGCAACUUGCGCCAGAUCAGCAGUAUGUAUUACCGACAUCUUCGGUUGAUACUAGCAUUCAUUACAGUCCAACGGGGUUAAGUAAAGGUGGUCGACGAGAUGGCCCACGCAAAAGUAACUUUGAGCAUGGUGAGACAGCCGGGAUUCAAAGGAAUUUUUUGAAAAACGUUGGAAAUUCGAUGAAAAUGAAAGAAAGAUUGUAUCAGCAAGAAGUUGAUGAAAUUUGGUUGGAGGUGCUUGAGAAUAUUCAGAUAAAUAGCAUUAAAGAGUUUUUGUAUCAUGAAGGAAAGCUGACGUCACUCAGUUUCGGCGCCGCUCCAACCGUCCAGCUCAACUUCACGUCACACGUUACAAAGUCAAAGGCCGAGAAAUUCAAAACCCAUAUAUUAAAAGCAUUUGAGCAUGUUCUUGGAUCACCCGUUACAAUCGAAAUGAGAAGCGAAUCACGAAAAGAAACAGGGGAAUCUCAAGAAGACUUGUACGCAAAAAGAAGUGAGAUCGUUGAAGUCGAAGAACCGAAAGCUAAGUUGCAUAUCGAUAAUUAUAAUAAUGAAAAAACAGAAGCUACCACAUCGCAUAACGGUUCAAGUAUCGGUUUUCAAAGACGAUUAGGGGAACAAAGUCAAUCUUUGAGUUUAGUCAAAGGUAAAGUCUCUCUCGCAAAUGUAAUUCAGCAAGCGGAAUCACAUAGAAAUGGUUGGUCAACACGCAAAGCGGUUUCCAUUGCGGAAAAACUUGAACAAGAGAAUCUGAGAAUGGAACCGAGAUCAAGAAGCUUGCUGUGCUGGAAGGCAUCUAGAGUUGCUCGUCGCAAGAUUUCUCGAUUGAAAUUUAGACCAAGAAAGCCACGGGCUUUGCUGAGAUUCGUGUCUUGUGGAAGGUGUCUUCCAACUAGAUCGCCGAGGUAAUACAAAAAUGUUUAGAACACGUUAGUCUUUUCUGUUUUUAAGCAUUAAUUUAUCGGCCGAUUAGCUUUGACUAAUAAAAGUCAACCCCAAGAACACAAAUGAUUAAUGAGUAUUUCUUUUAUUUUUCUAGCUUUUAAUGUUCUUUGUAGGCCUUGUAAACAAUUGUAUUCUUUGAUGAAAUUGUAAUAUUUUUCUUUGAUGUAGAAAAAAACCAGUUGGCUAAAGUCAUGAAACUUUUU